AUGCUGAAAUGGUUCCUGGCUCGAAAGAGGUAGGUCUUUUUUUGAUUGUGUGCUGUAGAAAUUAUUGAACAACACUGAAACCACUUUUCAUCAUCACCAAGAAUCUAUUUUUUUAACAGUAUAUUUUUUUAUUUAUUAGGUUGUUUCCAAAUCUUCGGAAUUUUUUUCGCAAAAAAUUUUUUUCUUUUUUUGAAAAAAACUUCAAAAAAAUCCGGUAAAUUAAAGUUUGUAUAAAUAGUUGUCUAUCGAUGUCUGCCAUCGCCUGGGCAACUUGCGGAAACUUUCUCACCGCAACGUGUGAGGCUGCGAGUCAACUCGGUUUUGACCUCCAGAUUUAGAAUUUUUUUCAUCAAGAUGUCGUUGGGGAUGAGAAAACAAAUCAUAGUCUGGAGGUGCAAGGUCGGGGCUAUACGGUGAAUGUGGCAGCACAGUUCAUCCUGGCGAGUUCAGCUUUCGUCUUCCUUGUAACGUGUGGUCGGGCAUUAUCAUGUUGAAAGUAAACUUUCGCGUUUUCCUUCUACAAAAGUUGACACACCCAAACUUUGCUUUUUCCGAUUUUCCAUCUGGUUAUUCGUCAUCUUUUUGAAAGUGGAAACGAUAAGGCGAGCCUAGGCGCCAACCCGGUGUUUAUCGAACGCCGAUUGCGAAACAUUUCAAAAAGUGUUGGGAAAGGUUUGAAUGGGGCUUGCAAAUCUUGUGUGUUCUCCUAGUUCUUUAUUUCUCUCUCUCUCUCUUUCUCUUCACUGUUUUGUUUAUAAAAGUGUUAAUUUGAUAAGAACGAUGGUUUGACUUUUAUUCUUAGUGGUACCUACGUGAACUAACCUUUGUCAUAUUAUAAUAUAAAACUCAGGUUAACCUGCAUUAUUUAAUUAAAUUUUUUUGAGAUGUGUCUGCGCUUCCAAGUGACAAUUUUAUUUUUCUAUUUAGUCGGUUCAGCUUGUUUUUUCCAUUGCCUGUUAGCUAAUUUAUGCGAUGUGAUUUCAGCAAGCAUGGAGAAACAUACAAAGGUCGUGUUUUCCCGCCACGGUGUCUUCACACUCUUCUUCGAGACCGGGAGUCCUUUUUGCAGUUUCCAUCCGAGUCCGUUUUCGGCCUCGGGGCAUGGGGGAAAGCUGAUGGACUUUGUUUGCAGUGAACAAUAUUUCAUGUUAGUUCUGCUCCUGUAGCCUUUGAAGUUCAACACAGUGUUUAGUUUUGGUCUAUGUCGUUGAUUUGAUCGGCAUUGCAGUAAAAAAAAAAGGGUGGUGUGCUGGAAAUCCAGACUUGAAAAAAAUUGAAAAAGUUGUCGUUCAUUUCUUUGUCUCGUUUUUUCUGAACGGAGUUUAGCUGGAAGCUUGAAUUUGUAGAAGUUUCUCGAAACGAUCAGAAAAUUCAAUUUUUCAGUUGGAGACGAAGAAUUCAGCUUUUUAUAUUUCAAGCUCUAGUAAAAUUAAAUAAAAUUUGCAAAAUGUUUUUGAAAAGAUUUUUUAUGUUUUGCCAAUCAGCUUGAACACGCGGAGCGUUACCGAUGAAACCGGAAGCGCAUCUAAAUUGAAAAUUCUGAUUUCGUCGGUUAAAAACUUGAGUAUAUAUACAAAGCAAUGGCUGAGCAAAAAAGGGGCUUUUGCGUAAAGAAUUAUGAAAUUUAACUUAUCAGGUACCACAAGGCGUUGUUCGCCAAUGAUAUCGACGCAGCGGAAAAAAUUUUGUCUUUGGGUCACCUAAAUUCGAUGGAAAUGAAGAUGAUCGGCCGCGGGCUCAAAAUGUCCAACUCACAGAUAAAUAAGUUCGACUUGAAGAUGUUUGCGAGGUGAAUCAGCGUUUCCAGGUGGAAUGAGGCAAGCUCUGACAUCAUGCGCGAAGCCGUUUACAGAAAGUUCGAGCAAAACGCUGAACUCCGCAAAUUUUUGUUUUUCUCUCAUGGAACGCGGAACGUCGAGGCGUCGCCAACAGACAGGAUCUGGGGCAUCGGUUUGAUUUUUCUUUUGGAAAAGUAUAAUUGGCGAUUAAAAUAAUAUUUUCAGCUUUGUAGAGUUUUAGAGUCCACAUUUUUCCUUAUUAAAAUAGAAUUAGUUGCUCAAAAAAAGUCUUUAGUUUGAUAUUUCGAGAUCAGUUUCAACUUUUUUUUUUAAAGAUUUCAUCAGCAUUGUGGCUGUAGUUGAAAAAAAAAACGUUGUUCGCUGGAAGUUUCGAUAAAGCUACGGGUUCUUAUUGUAUUUUGAAUACGUUUUGACAUGAAAAUAAAAAAAUUUGAACCAUUUAAAAAAAUCUGAAAAAAUCUUUCUUAUAUUCAUAACGAAAUUUUCUCGGAAACUUCGUAUGACAGAAAUAAUUCGCGUUAAGAGGAAGAUAUUUCUUUCUUUCACUAAAGUAACCUUCCUAGUGUCCGUCUAUAUAAGGAAGUCGGCCACUGUUAGCAUGAAAAAAAAACUCUGAAAGUUUUCUUUUCGUAGAAGUUAAUCUAUUUUAUUGAAAAUCGUCUGUAGUCAGAAGUGAGAAAAUAACAAUUAUCGUAUAUAACGUUUCUUUUUUUUUCUCCCUGUGGCGCAGAACAGUCUGCUUGAAUACAGUUUGGAAAAAAAAGAAGAAAAUUAAAGGUGAAAUGAACUUUCAGGAAUGCCGAUUGAGCACAAAGACGCGGCGAAUCCGUUGAAAUGGAUGGGAGCCAACCGGCUCGGCGCUAUCCUGGAUGACGUCCGGGAACAACUUUGGAACGACUCUCGCUUCGAGUAAAUUUUUCCGUUUUUUUCUGUUUCGACUCGUCUAUUCGUAAUUUAAUAUUGAAUUUAUGAGUUCAGGAAAGAACGCCACGAAGUGCAGUCCGAAAUCAUACGCAAACAGAAGAAUUUUCUUGAAUCAUUCCAAUAA